CUGAGAGAAAAUUCUUAAUUUCUUUUCAUUUCUCGAGAAAGCGAGAGAAAGUGAGAGAACAAUUCAAUCACUUUCUCUGCUUUUCUCGUUAAUCUUAACAGGGAUUUCCUGGUCGUUUCUUCACUUCCUCAAAAAAUGCCGCCACUGCAUAUGGUGGAGGAGGAAACGGCUGGCGUCGACGACGACAUCCACGAUCUCAAGUUCUCGAAUGGAGGCUGUUGUUUUUGGAUGCCUUGUGGUUCCGCCAUCAGAUCAAUCUGGUGGCAACGGAUAGCCACCGACGACACCAACUCCGUCGCCUCAGCGAAUGUGAGUCACAAAGAGCAGUGGUGGACUCGAGGGUGGAAGAAGGUUCGAGAAUGGUCGGAGUUGGUGGCUGGACCGAAAUGGAAGACGUUUAUAAGACGGUUCAACAAGAACAAAAACGGUAACGGAGGAGCGAAAUUCCAUUACGAUCCUUUGAGUUACUCCCUUAAUUUCGACGACGGACCGGGGCGAAACGGUUAUUUCGAUGAGGAUUUGUUCAAUAGAAACUUCUCUUCCAGGUACGCCUCUUUGCCUGUCUCCACCAAAUCCUCCAUGGAUUUCGGCAAAGACGGGCCCUGUUUCACCUGACCAUCACGUGAUUUACUUACGUCAUUGGCUUUUAAUUCACGUGACUUUCACGUGCACAGAAAAAGUGGUCGGCUCCCUCAGGGCCCAGGGGCGUACGUUAAGGUUAAAUUUUUUUAAUUAAUAUUUGUUUUUUUUUUUUGCCAAAAAGAAUAAUAUUUGUUAGAUGAUGAGAAAGAAAGAAGGGAAUUUGUAAAUGUAAAAAGGGGUUGUUUUUGUAUUUGGGAAAUAUAGAGAAUUAUAUAACAAUUAAAUUAUAUCUUUGAUGUACUGUCA